AUGAGGACCUCCUUCCCUUUUGCCUCUGCCCACUCUCCGUUCACACGGUUAUCAAAGCGGAGGAAGGGUGGGCAGCAGGUACCACGAGCCCUCUGUCCCACACAUCUAUCAAGAAGCAAGUGUAGUUCACCGGUUCCACCGAAUGCUCCUAUCUCUCGGCAAAGAUCGUGUGAGUGUGCAGUUAUGCUUCGGAUGCUUCGCCAUGGAAUAGAUCGACUCAGUUCCCGUUCUUUUCCGGUGCACUCGCUUUAUAUCUCCGACACACAAGGAAGGACGCGGUGGGAAGGAAGCAGCCCUAGCCUCUGUCCGGCCGAUCAUUCCGCUGGCAUCUUGCAUUCACGCCUCCGUUUGACUGCCGCUCGGGGAUGUAGUUGUAGAUACGUGAGUCUUAGUGGGUCGUUGGCUCCACCUGUUAUCUCCUUCUACGACAUGCUGUUGUCGUCGCCAUAUCAAAUAUGUCACUUAGUAAUAUCUGCCUCGCUGCGGGUCAGCACCUCCGAAAGAAACGGAGGACUUCAUUCAGUGACUCCGCGAUCGCCCUCUGAACGAUCAGAAUAA